AUUUCAGAUGGCCGACGACGUCUUAGGGACACCCGACAACAUGACGCCUCGAAAAAGAAAGAACAGAUCGAACAAUGAACAACCUGAAGAGAUGCAUCUAUUAGACGACAGAGUUGGGGAUGCAGCAGCCACAACAGAAGCAGAAGCGGAUUCCGACGACGAAAGUGAGAAAAGAGUGCGCAGAAACAAAUCACGCCGUCAGUUGGAAAGUACACACUUUCAAAUGGUGAAUGAACGAGUUGUCGAGGAUAUCACGGUGGAUUUUCUUUAUAAACCACAUACAUUGACAAUUCUUGGACUGCUGGUUGUUUUCAUUUCCUAUAAAGCUUUUACUGGAUUCACAGAAGAGGCAAAUGCAACAGAUCGAAAUGUGUACGACGGACUUCUCGGAACACUCGCUCUUUUUCUUGUUGUCAGCGCACUCGCAUUUCCUAACGGGCCCUUCAUCCGACCGCAUCCAGUUUUCUGGCGAAUUGUGUUUGGAGUCUCUGUUGUCUACCUUAUGUUGCUUCAAUUCACCCUUUUCCAAACCUACACGGACAUUAAAACUGUGCUAACGUGGCUUGAUCCAAAAGGACUGGGAAAUGAAGAUCUUGUGGAAAAGGAAUACGCCAUCAACUGCUCUGAUGUUUCUCUUGAAAGACUUUGGAGUCACAUGGACAUCUUUGCAGUUGGACAUUUUACUGGAUGGGCAAUGAAAGCACUGCUCAUUCGACACGGAGUUCUGUGUUGGUACAUUAGUAUUGCUUGGGAACUCACUGAGAUCGUUUUUACCCAACUUCUUCCAAAUUUUGCCGAAUGUUGGUGGGAUGCAAUAAUUCUAGAUGUUCUCAUUUGCAAUGGACUUGGAAUCUUCGCUGGCCUUCAAAUCUGCAAAUGGCUUUCAAUGCGUAAUUUUCAUUGGGAGAGCAUAAAGCACAUUAAGACGAACCGUGGCCGUUUUAAGAGAAUGGUUAUGCAAUUCACACCGGAAAGCUGGAAUGAUUUCGAUUGGGGAUCCUUCACAGUAACGAUUAAGAGAACAAUGUCGGUUUAUGUUUUUGUUCUGAUUUGGUUGCUAACCGAGCUGAACACAUUCUUCAUGAAACACGUGUUUUCUGUGGACACAAAACAUCCAGUUGUCUUUUGGAGACUUAUUCUCAUUGCAUUUAUCUCUGCUCCUUCAAUUCGUCAAUUUUACCUCUACGCUACGGAUCCUCUAAUCAAGCGUCUUGGUAUGCAAUGCUGGGUGUAUUUGGCAGUGUGUGCAUUGGAAGCGGCCAUUUGUGUUAAGUUUGGUAUCCACAUGUUCCCACGAGUAGCGAUUACGCCGAUUGUUAUUUGGAUUUUGUUCUUGAUUGUUGGUACAUUCUUCAGCGUUUGGUUCUCGGUGUGGUGGGCAAAGCGUUCUUCAGCUACUACUGAAAUUGAGAUCGACGGCGAGAACUGUGACAUUUAUCUAGAUUCGUCACAUGAAAACCUCGGGGCAAUUCACGAUGAUGUUCGUCGCAGACGCCGAGAUCUCGGAUUCUCUGAAUCUGAUCUCAACUGAUGUGAUCAACUUUCAACAUUAGAAAGUGUCAAAUGUUUGCGCUUUCACGCUUUCCUUCUCUCAAUUUAUAUGUUUCAUACGUUCUCAAAUUUCAGGUCUAGACAUUUUUCUAAUGUUUUCUUACUUAUUUUAUAUUUUUAUUGCCCAUUUCUCGGACAUAUCUUAUAUAUGAUUCCAUGUUUCUUUUAAUUUGGAAAAUGUUUUUAGGAGAUUUAUAAUAAUAAUCUGCAGGAAUGCAAUUCGAAAUUUUCUCACUUUUCCUGUUUGCUAUGUCAUUUUUUGUCAAUCCAAUCAGUUCAAUCUCAAAUCGUGUUCGUCCGAAUAGUUCAUUCAUUCCGUAUCAAAAGAAAGAAUUAUCGAUAAACAAUUU